GAAAAAAAGAAGAGAGAGAGAGAAAGAAAAGGGAAAAACAAUAAACUUUUCUUUUACCAAAACGAGAGAAGAGAAAGUGAAGACUGUAGUUUUCUCCCCUUUGGCUUCCACUCCCAGCUCUUGGAUCCAAACGCGUCAGCUCACUUCCCGAUUCUUGGUUUUCUGAAAUGGAGACCAAUAGAGUUACGGUUCCGCUCUUGAUUUUGGUUUAGUUUCGCUCCCUUUUGUGGAUUGGUUAUUUUUCCGAUAUUUUUUGGAGAUUUGUUGGGCAAAAUGUGGUUUUGGUUGCAUUUCUGGUAGAGAUCUUGCGUCAUUUUUAUUCAUCUUUUCAGAUUCCACUUGUCUAUUUAUGCUGCUCAGGGUUUUCUCCUGAACUUCAAUUUAAAGGGUUUGAGUUUUCUUUUGUUAUUUUGAAUUAAUUAGAAUUGCUGGAAAGCCCAACUUUAGGCACUGUUGAAGUUAUUUGAAUUGUGUUGAAAAGCUUGGAUUUUUUGUUGCUUCAGGAGAGAUAGUGACUGAUAUGUGAAGGAAUUGUUUUCUUCUUUUCUACAUAUAUAUAUAUACUCCAAUACUUCUCUUUACUCUUCAAGAGUAAAUAAGUUAUUGCUAUUGUGGAGAUCUGGGACCUUCUUAAUAUCUUUUGUCCUAUGAGGGCUCUUUUUCCUUCAGAGUCAUGUAAAGAACCAUUUCACAGUUCUAUCAAUCCUCAGUCAUGGCUCCAAGUGGAAAGAGGCAAACUCACUAAAUUCGUGCCUCAUUCUCCUUCUUCAAUAGAAUCCCUUAUCAAGGUUCCCGAACCUUCAAUUCUUCCGUUCUAUAAGCCUGUUGAUUAUGUUAAAGUGCUAGCUGAAAUUCAUGAAGAACUCGAGUCAUGUCACCCUACAGAAAGGUCGAGUCUUUACUUGCUGCAGUAUCAGGUCUUUAAAGGCCUUGGGGAAUCAAAAUUGAUGCGUAGAAGCCUUCGCUCAGCUUGGUCGAAGGCAAGUACGGUUCAUGAGAAACUUGUCUUUGGAGCUUGGUUGAAGUACGAGAAGCAAGGUGAGGAUAUAAUAUCCGACUUGCUGUCCUCUUGCGGAAAAUGUGUUAAGGAGUUCGGAUCCAUAGAUAUUGCGUCUGAGUUCCCUGUGGUUGAAACUCGAAGCUCUCUUGGAAUGGUAAACAGCACUAAUCUCCCACGUGUUGUUUCUUUUCAAAUUGGUGAUGAGGGAAUAACAUGUGAGAGGGAUAAGAUUGCUGGACUUUCUGCUCCAUUUCAAGCAAUGCUAAAUGGCUGCUUCACAGAAUCAGUUUGUGAUGACAUAGAUCUUUCGGAAAACAACAUUUCCGCUUCAGGGAUGAGAGCAAUCCGCAUUUUCAGUGAAACGGGAAGUUUAAGUGAAGUGGCUCCGAGUCUUUUGCUGGAAAUUUUGGUAUUUGCAAACAGAUUUUGCUGUGAAGGCCUGAAGGAUGCUUGUGAUCAGAAACUUGCUUCUUUGGUUUUAUGCAGGCAGGAUGCAGUGGAACUCAUUGAAUUCGCUCUCGAGCAGAAUUCUCCUGUACUAGCUGCCUCUUGUUUGCAAGUGUUUCUACACGAGCUUCCUGGCUCACUAAAUGAUGAACAGGUGGUUGAACUGUUUUGCAGUUUGGAUUGGCAGCAAAGGUCAAUAAUGGUUGGGCCUGCCUCAUUUUCUCUGUAUUCCUUGUUGGCUGAAGUUUCCAUGAAUUCUAAUCCCUCGUCAGACACAGCAGUUCUUUUAGUUAAGCAGUUGGUAGACUGUGCCAGAAAUAGACGGCAGAAAAUGAUAGCCCUUCAUCAAUUGGGAUGCGUUAGACUUCUCAGAAAAGAGUACGAUGAAGCAGAAACGUUAUUUGAAGCUGCUUUGAGUGAAGGGCAUGUUUAUUCCACUCUUGGAUUAGCCAGGUUAAGUCAUAUCAGAGGGCAUAGCAAACAGUCAUAUGAAAAGAUCAGUUCUGUCAUAUCCUCUUAUACACCACUCGGAUGGAUGUAUCAAGAGAGAUCGUUAUACUGUGAUGCUGAUAAACGAUGGGAAGAACUUGAGAAAGCUACUGAGCUCGACCCCACCUUGACUUACCCCUACAUGUAUCGAGCUGCCUCCUUGAUGAGAAAGCAGGACGUUGAAGCUGCCCUUGCAGAAAUCAAUAGGGUUCUUGGGUUCAAACUAGCCUUAGAGUGCUUGGAGCUGCGCUUCUGUUUCUAUCUUGCUCUUGAGGAUUACCAAUCAGCUUUGUGCGAUGUGCAGGCGAUUCUUACUCUAUCUCCAGAUUACAGGAUGUUUGGAGGGAGAGUUGCGGCUUCCCAACUCCGUAUUCUUGUGCGUGAACAUGUCAAGAGCUGGACAACUGCAGAUUGCUGGCUACAGCUUUAUGAUACAUGGUCCUUAGUCGAUGAUAUUGGAUCACUCUCUGUUAUCUAUCAGAUGCUCGAGUCUGAUGCAGCCAAGGGUGUUCUAUACUUUAGACAGUCUCUUCUUCUUCUCAGAUUAAACUGUCCUGAAGCAGCGAUGAGGAGUUUGCAGCUAGCUCGUGAGCAUGCAUCAAGUGAACCCGAAAGAUUAGUAUACGAGGGGUGGAUCUUAUAUGAUACCGGUCAUUGUGAAGAAGGGCUACGGAAAGCUGAGGAGUCCGUUAAUCUCCAGAGAUCUUUUGAAGCUUUCUUCCUGAAAGCUUAUGCAUUAGCCGACUCUUGUCAGGAUCCAUCUUGCUCAUCAACUGUUAUUUCACUUCUUGAAGAAGCUCUGAAGUGCCCAUCAGAUAGACUCCGCAAGGGUCAGGCGCUGAACAACCUCGGAAGCGUGUACGUUGAUUGUGGGAAGCUCGAUGCUGCGGCUGACUGCUACAUCAAUGCUCUCAAGAUCCGGCAUACUCGGGCCCACCAAGGCCUUGCCCGCGUCCACUUUCUUAGAAACGACAAGAACGCUGCAUAUGUUGAGAUGACCAAGCUGAUCGAGAAGGCAAGGAACAAUGCGUCUGCUUAUGAGAAACGGUCAGAGUACUGUGAGCGUGACCUCACAAAGGCCGAUCUUGAGAUGGUCACCCGCCUCGAUCCUCUUCGGGUCUACCCUUACCGAUACCGAGCAGCAGUGCUGAUGGACAACCACAAGGAGAAUGAAGCCAUUGCUGAACUGUCGAGGGCGAUUAUGUUCAAGGCGGAUCUUCACCUUCUUCACCUCCGGGCUGCAUUCCAUGAGCACAUUGGUGAUGUUAUGGGAGCGCUGCGCGACUGUCGAGCUGCGCUCUCGGUCGACCCCAAUCAUCAAGAGAUGCUUGAGCUUCAUAGCCGUGUGAACAGCCAAGAACCUUGAGUUUUUGGGGAGAGUCGAACUAAAUUAUUGAAAAAAAGAAAAGAAAAGAUGGAUCAUGGAAGUGAAAAAAGUUAGCUUGUAGCUGUCAGUGUAUACAUCUCUCUCUGUUUAAUGGUGCCUCCUUAAUGCUCCAAACCAACCUUGUAUCAUCUUCAAUUAUCUCUCUAACUUGCUUGAAUUUUGUAUACUUGGAAUUUUUUUUGUUAAUAUAAUUUUAUUAUGAGGAGCA